GUAAUAGUGAGCAGUUAGUAUUAUCUCGAUUGAUGUCACACGAAGUGGUCUGCCAGUAGGCAAAUUGCAUUUAUUGAUUUUUCCUGACGAAUUUGGCAAAAAUAAUUGUAAUAAUCUUCGUUGCUUAGUCAUAAAACUGUGCGUGAUUUGUAAUCCUUUACAGUAGCAGCUUACUUCGAUCGAUUACGCGAAAGACGUGCGAAUAGUGAUAUUAUUUAGCAGAAAAAAGUGAUUCAAGUGGGGGUGCAAGUUGAGCAAGAGAAACGCAAUAAACGCAGAAAUAUAAGUGGAUUUUUCCAAUAACCUGUUUGUGGUGCUUCAAGGCAAUGAAUAACAAAAUGAGGCGGAAAAUAUCGUUGCGAAUAGACAAAAAUAAGCUAAAGGUGUUCACGUUUUGUUUGCUGCUGUGUGCCACUAAUUUCUUGCCAGCGCUGGAAGCUCGGAAGACCAACAACAGCCGUAGCAAAUCGUCAUCCUCGUCAAGCAGUGGUCGCGUUUCAAAGCCCAGUAAGACGGCACCGUCAUCCUACAGCAAUCCUGGAAGUUUGAGCUAUAACAACUACCAACAGAAACCCAAACCGCAACCAUCAGCUCCAGUGGACAAUUCAGCGAAUUCGCGCCCUAUAGGUUGGAAUGUUAACAAUAACCAGCAAUCGAAACCAGCGGCCGCUGCACCACCUUAUCCCGUGCAGAACGCUGCUAAACCACCGCCAUAUCCUGCGCAGAGCGCACCAGGCGCCAAACCACCACCAUAUCCGGUACAGCAAAGCCACAACGUACACCAAACUCACGGAGCUCCACCACCCCCGUACUCGGUGAACCCGCAGCACGGUGCACCACCACCAUAUUCAGCCGUGAACAAUCCAAAUCUUAAUUCACAUUUCAAUCAACCACCACCCGUGUACAGCCCUGGAAACCAAGGUUUUAAGCCGGGACAGCCAGGUGGUUUCGGACAACCAGGAGGAUUUGGCCAUCAGGGUGGGUAUGGUCAACAGGGUGGAUUCGGACAGCAAGGUGGAUUUGGGCAGCAAGGUGGAUUCGGACAACCAGGUGGAUUCGGGCAGCCAGGUGGGUACCAUCAGCCAGGAGGUUUUGGUGGUCAUCAACCAUCGUUCGGUGGAUUCCCCUCGGGUGGAACAGGUUAUCAUGCUCCUCAUGGCGGAUUCCAGGGUGGUGGUGUUGCUCCAGCAGUUAAUUACGCCCCUGCACCGAGUUUCCCAAUCGCGGCCAUACCAGCCGGAGCAUAUAAGCCUCAAUCCUCAGGAAUUGGCAUUGGAGGAGUUGCUGCUGGAAUUGGCACUGGCUUAUUGGCAGGAGCUGCCGGAGCUGCUAUCUAUAAUGCACUUAAACCGGAAGAUCGCGUUAUCUAUCGAGAUCGUGUAACUGUUGUUAAUGCAAACCCAGAAAACAAUAACAAUGCAGCUCCAGCUGCCGUAGCUCCGGGUGCUUCAGCGCCUGUUGCCGCUGCCCCGGCUGCAUCAGCACCUGUUGCCCCUGCACCAGGUGCUCCAGCUGCUGCUGCCGCACCGCCUUCAGGUGAUGCUAUGAACUCACAAACGGCUCCUCAUGACGGUGGUGUGUCUGGCGUUCCCAAUACUCCGGUAAUCAUGAACAACAAUUCAACCAGCGAACAACAGAAUAAUACUACGGAAAUAUCAACGCCUCUUGCGCAAUAUAACGAAACAAAUCCAGCACCGGUUCCGACAGGAAAGCAAUACUAUCCACCACCUGGUCAAUACUACCCAGCUACUGGACAAUACGUUCCCCCCGGUGAAUAUGAUCCUGCCACCGGUGUUUUCACCCCAGGCCGCUACAUCCCGGACACCAGCAUAUUCCAGCAAGGACAGUACGAUCCGUUAACUCAAAUUUUCACCCCUGGAAGCUACGACCCAGCCACUGGACAGUUUGUGCCUGACCCCAACAACGGACCGGUCAACCUGGAUGCCUCGAUCGCUCAGGAAACUGCAGCCGCUGUAACCAGCCAGCCGUUGAACCAGUCGCGCCAGGAAACCAGUGGAUCAACGAGGGUAAAAUUAUUCCUGCUGUCAUCGCUACCCGCGCUGUUGGCUGCCGUCGUGCGUUUCAUCUAGAACCACAAGUAAGCUGUCUGUGUCCUUGCAAUCACUCCUAGUCAAAAUUGCAUACGUAAGCUAACUCGACUGGUUGCACUAGGUGGGACAAAGUGAGCGAUUCGCAGAUGGAAUCCAAUCAAAUAAAACGGGAGAUAAAUGGAGAAAAGGAAUCUUGAUUAGCUAACAAUAAAAAAUAAUUCUUAAUCUGGUGCAAUUUUGUCGCUUCAUCAAAUCAAUGGGCUUGCUCAAGAAUACACAGCUUGAAAGAAUAUGAACGAUCUACAGACAACAUAAAAAGUAGUGUUGCAAAUGUUAAGCUUUUAAAUGGGCCUUCGAUCAAUUUUGAAUAUUUCCACAGCUUGCAAAGAUACUCAACUUAGAGAUAGCAACCCAGCUCACCAGAUUAUCUGUAGUGAAUCGAUCCACUUGUCAUUAGUCAUUUACUUGGAUGUCCUAUACCAACUAAUCGGUGAAAUUAACGGCUCCUGAACAGGAAUUUUAUAAACAGCAGUCACUGCGGAACAUCACAAUAAUUAGGUCUAAUUGAUCAUGUAAUCUCGCAAUCUUUAAAUGACACACAUUCACUUUCCUCAAUGCCAAAUUGUCCCACCCUUUCGCCCAUUCUACAAUCGUGACAAUUGCAUGCUCUAUUGUGUGCGACGUUUUACGUACUGAACUAUAAUAAAGGAUUUUAUACUAUCCGUGUAGCAGCCGAGUCUGAGUAGGAUAUACGAACCUGUUUAGGUGGUAGCUGUUUUUUCUUUUGGAUAAUUUUACUAGGCAACCAUGCCGGUUUAAACUUUUGAGGCGGACAGCUCUCUCAGAUCCUUAACCGAUGUAUUAUUGAAUAUUUCGCAACGUCGAAUAAAAAAAAACUUAUGUGAUAGAGAACGAUAUUAAACUAGACCAGAAAUGUGUAUAGAGAGCGCAUUUUAUUUUCCCUUUACCUGCAGCAUCUUACAUAGUUUUAUUGGAGGAAUUCUUGUUAGUCUACAUAGGUAACUCAGAAGCUGAAAUAAGCGAACAAAUAAGAAUAUAACAUUACAUUUCUACUGUACAAAAUUAUCACGUGUUGGAAAAAAUCGAACAAAAAUAAGUGGAAGAAUCCUACCUAUCGACAACCAGAAUGUGCUUUUCAGAAGAGACAUAAGUUCUAAAAUCUCAAUAAAUACAGCAGCCUUAGAGCAGAUGAAUUUCACACCAAACUUUGAUUACAUGUGGAUAACAAGCAUGAUAUGAACAAAUAAGGUAAAAGCGAUCAUUGAAAGCCAAUGAAUUGGAAUAAACCUAUUGGUUGCGGCCCCUUUCGACAUCUUUGAACAUUUUGCUUAUCUUGCUAACGGAAUUACUAAAUACAGAUUAAGUGGUAUUGCGAGUCAAAUAAUCUGAACAGAUGGAAGGCUACUGAAAUAAAAUUAUAAAACAAUAGCACCAAUUUAUGAAAGAGAUAAACUUUUCGGCACGGUUGGUUUUGCUAAUAAAGGAUUUUCCCUAAACUCAA